AACAUUUGCGUAUUUAACAAUCUUCCAAAACUGGGGGCCCAAUGAGAGGUGGCAAAGGCAAAGGCAAAGGAGAGCACGUAGAUUGCCCCGGCGACGUCAAUAAACGACUAAACCAAUAGAAAGAGAUUGAGAGAUGGCCAAAGUCGGAGGAAUUACGGAAUCGGCAGGCAGUGCGAAUAGCUCAGAGAUCGACAGCCUCGCUCGAUUUGCCGUUGACGAACACAACAAGAAAGAGAAUGCUUGUCUUGAGUUCAGCAAAGUCGUGAAUGUGAAGCAACAGGUUGUUUCUGGAACUGUGUACUAUAUAACACUGGAAGCAACCAACGGUGGUCAAAAGAAAGCUUAUGAAGCGAAGGUCUGGGUGAAGCCAUGGAUGAAUUUCAAGGAGUUGCAGGAAUUCAAGCCCAUCGGUGACACUCCUUCACACCCUAGUGCUUAGCUAGGUGAAGGUUCCAGUUGAAGGAUGUAAAGCUUUGAAGGUUCUGACCCAUUUGAAUGAAUAUUGGGGCUAUAUGUUUCAGUUUUUACUAGUACUGUGUAAUCUUGUUUUCUAUCUGAAACUUUCUAUUUUCUGUAUGAACUUUUAGCCUUGGAUUUGAUGGGAAUUAAGGACCUUUGUGAUAAAUAAAUAAACUUGCAUGUUUAACAUUGCGAAACA